UGUCAGCAUGUUGAGACUCGAGAGAAGGCCGGGAAGAAGGGCGUAGCGCUAGGAGCUUGGUAGAGAGGAAGCAAUGUCGAUCUAGGGCAUUGGCGUUUCAGAGCAGUUGGGCGAAGGCUGAAAGCGCUGCAGCAGGACGGAUUUUUGGAGCGUCGUGACAGGCGCCCUCAUUUGUAGUCAUCUGCUGGAAGGAGUCGCUAAGGAAGUCAGCCUUUUCGUUUAGAGGACCCCUUCAUUCUGAACAGCAUUGAAGUGGAGGAGGUCACAGGGAGUCAGCAGAUGGUGUAGUGCUUGCUAUGUAGGUAUUUAGGGGUUUGAGAGAUGGCCGUCCACUUCAAGUUCAAGAGUGCCCGGGAAUUCGAUAAACUGGACAUCGAAGGACCAUUCAUCACUGUGUCCUCCUUGAAAGACAAGAUAAUUGAAGCAAAAAGUCUGGGAAAGGGUGCUGACUUCGAUCUUGUUCUGACCAACAAUCAAACCGGGGAAGAGUACAUCGACGAAGGUUUUCUGGUUCCAAAGAAUACGUCCAUCAUUGUUAAAAGGGUCCCUGCAACGCGGCCAAGGGCGACUUUGCAGGCUGUUCGGAAAACAGAAACCGGAGGGACAAAUGCGCCAGAUUUUCAGAACACUGAAAACAAACCCGGUCAGGUGCUUCAGGUGGAUGACUUUGGCGCCGACUUGGCUCCACAGGCAGGGGUCGCUCAAGCCAACGCUGAUGAGGAGUCGAAGUUGCAAGCUGCGGUGAUUGGAACAGCAACAGAUUGGCAGCAGCAAAAUCAGCAAGUUCCUGGUAGAGGUGGACGUGGCUUUGGACGAGGCACCUUUGCUGGCAGAGGUGCUGGGGGACGAGGUGGAUACAACCCUACGUAUUCUCGGGGGCCUCCCCCGCCCGGUUACGUCUGCCACAGAUGCGGCAUCAAGGGGCACUGGAUUCAGGAGUGCCCUACGAAUGGCGACCCCGACCUCGACAAUAAGCGGAGGGCUCUGAAGCCUCCCGUAGGGAUUCCCAAGAGCAUGUUGGCGACCGCCGAGGAGGGUAGCUACCUGCUUCCGAGCGGGGAGUUUGCAAAGCUCCGUCCAGACGAGUUCGAGUUUGCGAAGCAUGCUGCGAGGCUGAUGGCGAACCGGCCAACAGUCCGCGCAAUUCCCCCCGAGUUCCAGUGUCCCCUCUGUGGCGGCUUGUUCAGGGAUGCCGUCAUAGUCCCUUGCUGCAGCGAGAGCUUUUGCGACCAAUGCAUCCGUGAUGAGCUCGCGAAGAACGGAAAGUGCCCCAGCUGUGGAUCGGACCAGAUCACGAAUGACGACCUCCUUGCCAAUAAGAAUCUCAGGAAGCAGAUUGAGCGCUUCAAGAGCGAGCAGCAGGCCACAGCUACCACUAGCAGCGCAGACAAGCAAGCGGCAGGCGUGGACGUCAGCGUCGCCCAGAGUGCGCCCAAGUCGCCCAGCCCCCUGCCCCGUCUCCCCGAAGAUCUGCAGACCCGCAACUCCAGUGGUGCUGAGAGCUCGGCCCAUGUCAUGGCCGCAGACUUGCAAGAGAAGGCCGGAGGACAGUCUAAAGCAGACGGUUCUGAGAGGGUACUUUCUGAUAGGGCAGCUGGCGGGGUAGAAGUAGGAUCAGAGGCAGUAAAGGCGCACGAGCGCGCUCGCUCUCCCCUGUCUGAAUCUGAACUGCAAAGGGCCCGCUUUUCCGGAGGGCCACCCUUGCAUAAGGAAAUGGCAGAUGCUAUGGUCGCCAGGGCAGGCGAUUGGUCAGAUAUGACUGGCGGCGCAGGCGGUCUACCCUAUGGAGGAGUGGCCAUUAACAAGGCAAGGAUGAAGGAGCUCCAGGAGCAGCACCGGUGCCUCAUCUGCGGGUCGCCCGACCACCUGACGGCCGACUGUCCCGAGCACCCGACGCCGGACUUCCCACCCAGGGUCAUGCCCGACCAGCCGCCGAGACCUUACGGAGGCCCCGAUUUUGGCCCCUACCCCGGCCCCGACUUCUACCCCCCUCCCCACAACGGGUUCUUCCCCGGGCCUCAGCCGUUCCCCCCCCGACCUUUCGGGGGACCGCCGGUCCGUGGACCUGACGGCUUUUUCUGCGAUGGCCCGGUGAACCCCGCUUGGCGGCCACCCAUUCACGGCAGGGGGAUCCCUCCAUACGGAGGACCUGAGCCGUUUUACCCUCCUGGACCUGGCAUUGACGCGUUCCCUCGACCCGGGAUGCCCAUUCUCAGCAGGGAGGACUUUGAGCGAAAGCGGGAGGAGGCGGCUCGGCUAAUGCGGGAGUCAAAGAAGCGCGUUGAGAGGGAGGACGAUUCAGACUCCAGUGAGAAGUCGCACAAACAUAAGAAGCGGGACAAAGACGAGAAGAAGCAUAAGAAGAGUCGCCGCGAUGAGCGGCACAAGUCGCGAGAGCGCACCAGAGAAGCGGAAGAUGUCGAAGACGGGGCGGAGGAAAAGUCUUCGCGACGCCGGGACAAGUAUCGGGAACCAGAGCCGUCCAGUCGGUAUGACGGAGGCGUUGCAAAAGAGCGGCCGAAGUCGAGUAAAGAGGAGCGGAGGAGAGAGAAGAGCUCUGUGCCCGAAGACAAAGGACGAACAGCAAAGUAUAGACCUGACCCGACCAGACGUUACCCAGAAGAUGAUCAUUGGACACCCGAUGACGAACAUGCGCAUAGGUCGUCGAGAUCCCGUCAAAAUGAGUCGAAGCAUAUGGACGGUGCGCAGCUUCAGGAUUCAACGAAGCAUGGCGUGUUUUCGAGGCUGCGGUAUGCGGAUCCAGAUGAAACGGAAAGGUCAACUCGCUCCAGAAAGACGCACAGGUCUAGGUCGCCUGGUGCGCACGACGAGAAUAGUAGGCAAAGGAGAACUGACGGCCGCCAUGUGUAUGAGAGGGAAUAUUCUGCUAAGAGGAGGAAGGAUGAGCCGGCCGCUGUAGAGGACGACGACAGAUGGAUUGCCUAACUCGAAGCUUGGUUCCACCGGCACCGCGGCUCCGGCCAGAUGUUUCAUUACAUCUACUUGAAGAAUUGUACGUUGCAUGAUCGUUCAUCGGGUCGCGGUUCAUAGUAGGGGCCCGAAGGUUGCGCACGGUGUCAUGGUAGGGUUUGACUUUGAAUCAGAUACUGCGAUAAUCUUGUGAGGUCUUUAUCAGACGUAAGCUCUAGACCCACAGCUCAGCAUAGCUCGCUUUAAUCAACCAGGCCUACGAUUCAGUGUCAUCACUGCUCAUGAGUCUGCAUCAUGGGUGACCAUGACAUUUACCCCUCAGGGUGCUUUCUUCGAAGGCACCAGCACUCUUGGAAGAACUUGUAGCUCUCGUAGUUGGCUACCAGACCGCAUGUCUGACAAAUUGCAGGAUAGUGGGGUUUUUUGGAGUUGUGUGUAGAAUAGUAACUAGACGAUAUCAAUGUGGAUUAGAACGUUCAAUACUGAUAUUUGAGCAACUCGAAUGACCGGAU